AUGCGAAGGUUGCUUGACGAGGAGGAGCCUGAAUCAGUCUCUCUAAUAUCAUCGCCGGUUAGAGGGGUCAGUUUUGCCAAUAAUCGUCGCUACAGAAUGGAUCGACGAGCACGUGAUAUUUCUUUAGAAGAGGUGGACAUGGGCUCCACGUUCUCAUCCAACGAGCAUGCUGACUCAGAAGUCGGCUAUGCUUCCUUCAAUGCUGGCGGACAUGCUAAUGAUCUGGAUGAUGAGACACAUGAAGGUAUUAUACCCAUAUCAAGUAAAUACGGAGACUUUCAUACGAUUGAUUGGCAAAGAGAUCUAGCAAGGGAUCGUCUUCGCCACAAACAAAUUCUCCACAAGCGAGCUGACUUCCCUCUUGGACUCAUCCAAGGUGCCUGGGAUGCUGGUGCUGGAUGGAUUUGUGUACUUAUGGUUGGUAUGGCUGCAGGAGCAAGUGCCGGAGUCAUUGAUAUUGGUGCCCGAUGGAUGACAGACUUAAAAGAUGGUAUUUGUGCUGACAGGUUUUGGCUUGAUCGCGAACAUUGCUGUUGGUCCUCCAACGAUACCGCUUACAAAGAUAAUGAUUGUAAUGCUUGGAAGAGUUGGCCCAAGACCCUAGGUUAUUACAGUGAAAACUCUUUCUAUUUUCUCGUGGAAUACAUUUUUUAUGUGGGAUGGGCAGUGUCGAUGGCAACUCUAGCUGUUCUCUUAGUAAAAGUAUUCGCUCCUUAUGCAUGUGGAUCUGGUAUCCCAGAAAUUAAAUGCAUUCUCUCAGGCUUCGUUAUCCGAGGCUACUUGGGUAAAUGGACUUUCAUUAUCAAAUCUGUGGGAUUAAUGCUUUGUACCGCAUCAGGGCUUUCAAUGGGUAAAGAAGGACCCAUGGUUCACCUUGCUUGUUGUAUUGGUAAUAUAUUCUCUUAUUUGUUCCCCAAAUAUGGUCUGAACGAGGCGAAGAAAAGAGAAAUUUUGUCAGCUUCUGCUGCUGCUGGAGUCAGUGUAGCUUUUGGUGCUCCAAUUGGAGGAGUGCUCUUCAGUUUGGAAGAAGCUUCAUACUACUUCCCUCUGAAAACUAUGUGGAGAUCUUUCUUUUGUGCACUCGUGGCAGGAAUUAUUUUACGGAUUGUAAAUCCUUUUGGAAGUGACCAGACUUCACUUUUCCAUGUCGACUAUAUAAUGCGGUGGACUUUUGUUGAAUUGUUCCCAUUCGCAAUUCUUGGAGCAUUCGGUGCUAUUCUCGGGUGUCUUUUCAUUUACUUCAACAUCAAGUGGUGCAAGUUCAGAAAGAAUUCUAAACUACUUGGUGGAAACCCUAUUUACGAGGUUGUUGCUGUUACUUUCGUAACAGCCGCUGUGUCUUAUUUCAAUCCUUACUUACGAAGAAGUGCUUCUUCAACGAUUAAACUGUUGUUCGACAGAUGCGGGCCUGAAGACUACAUGUUAAAUCUCUGUGAUUAUAAUAACCAAACUUUCUCUUCUAACAAAGUUGAUGAUAAUUACCAUACUGGAGUUUUCGGCGAACGAGUUCAUUCUGCUUUACUUCAACUACUAGCAGCUCUUGUUUUUAAAUUCAUUCUCACUAUUUUCACUUUUGGUAUCAAGGUUCCAUGUGGUUUGUUCGUGCCUUCAAUUGCUAUGGGUGCUAUCGCUGGACGUAUUGUAGGAAUGCUCAUGGAAGGACUUUUCCAAAGUUUCCAGGAGGAAGGAAUCAGUUCUGGUUUCUGGAGUUGCCGUAUCGGCAAAGACUGUGUUAUGCCUGGCCUUUAUGCUAUGGUGGGCGCAGCGGCAGUUUUGAGCGGAAUAACCAGGAUGACAGUAUCCUUGGUUGUGAUCAUGUUCGAACUGACAGGAAGUUUAGAACUUAUUGUACCUACUAUGGUAGCCACUAUGUUCUCCAAAUGGUUGGGUGAUGCGAUUUGUAAAUCUAGUAUUUACGAUGCUCAUAUUGAACUCAAUGGUUAUCCAUUCUUGGAUAAUAAAGAAGAAUACCCUUAUUCGACGGUGGCAAUACAGGUGAUGCGUCCACCACCCGGUGAACUGGAUAAGUUGAACGUGUUAACUGAAGAUGGACUUUCUAUUGGAGAUUUGGAGAAGUUGUUACAAGAAUCGAGUUUCAGCGGCUUCCCUGUUGUUACUUCAAUGAACAGCAUGUACCUCGUAGGAUAUGUCACGAGGAGAGACUUACUAAUAGCCUUGCACACAGCAAGGAAAACGCAACAAUACAUUGUUACAUCUUCAAUGGUUUACUUCACAGCCCAGGUACCAGAAGUUGUUGCAGGAGCUCCUGCUCCCCUCAAGCUUCGUAAAAUUAUUGACCUUGCCCCAAUGACAAUAACUGAUCAGACACCAAUGGAAACAGUCAUUGACAUGUUCAGAAAGUUGGGUUUGAGACAGGUGUUGGUGACGAAGAAUGGCAAAGUGCUGGGUAUUAUAACAAAGAAGGAUAUUCUCCAAUUCAUGCGAAAUGUACAUUGUGGGAUAACUAAUCCAAACUUCAAAUGA